AUGAAGAAACGAAAAGGUGAACUCGUCGUUGACGAAGGAACUCCUGAAAGAAAGAGAAAGGCGCGUGACGAGAAGCAAAGCAACCAUAAGUCGGGCGAAUUCGCACGAUCGUUGAAGGGUUUGCUACAGAAAGAACACACAAGGCUUUCCGGUGAGUAGAAUGCUGACACCUCAAAUGGUUAUUGGCCUUCUUCGUGGUUUUACCGUUAUUCCAAAAGGUGAACCUUUGAGCAAAAUUAGGCAAGAACUGAUUUGAAUUAAACGUUGAAAAGUUAUAAAUAAGUAUUAGGACAAAAUGGUUUCGAACUUAUAUUGUUUGAGUUGCAUUUCUACAGUCCUUAAUCAAAGAAAACACAGAUCAAUCUUGCCUGCAUUCGUUUUCACCUGAAGAUCACUGCCGACUGGCAUCUACUAUUCCACGCAGCUUGGCUAAUUAAGGCUAGACUCUCGUUAGCUUUAUUCCUCUGUCAUUUCGUCUAUAAAACAUGCAAAUGAUAUUUUACCCGUCAUUAACCAGGCAGUUAUUGUGAUUCUGCAAAUAAUGUGAAUCUGCAAAUAUUGUGAUCUUGAAUUUAAAAGUUGAAAGGGGGAAAGGGAGGGAGCCCCUUGAGGUAGAGAUGCACUGUGAAUGACAUACUGAAAAUGUCACCCUUAACAUGAGUGCUAGGGGAGACCCAGUGGCCUAGUGGUACUGCACGUGCACUGGACACUGGAUUGAAAGGUGCAACUUCAAGACAUGGCCUGGUCAAUAUUUUGUGUUCUUUGGAAAGACACUUAAAUCUUACAGACUGCCUCUUUCCACCCAGGGGUAUAAAUGGGUACUGAAUAAUUGUCAGGGAAGCCAUCAAAAUUCUAUUGGGGUAACCUUGCAAUGGAUUAGCAUCCCAUCCAGAGGAGAGAAGUAAUACUCCUGGUCACUUCAUGCUACAUGGAAACUGGGAUAAGCUCUCUCUGGGUGAGCCAAUAGACUCGAGUACAGACUUACCUUUACAACCAGUGAUAUAAUAUAUCUAUUGACUUGUAAGGUCUGAAACAACUUCUGAGUGUACUCAAAGAAUUACAAGCCAAAGAAUCUAUUGGAGAUAUCAUUAAGGAAGGUGGAGAGUUUCGAGAAAUUUUCACCAUUUUAGAGAUAGGCCAACAGGGUCUUUCUAAGCUUGAGGUAUGUGGAACAUUCACUAGCCUAUUAUAAGGUGCACUAAAAUUUUGCUUUAAGUCCAGCCAAUUGUAACACUUGAUCAAUGUUCAUCAGCAUAUAUGUUUUACAGAGUGUAUAACCUAAGUUUAGAGAGUUGCUAGCCUCUUGAAAUGUGAUUGGUAGUGAAGCUGGCAGUUUUGUUUGUGCAAAGCCACAGAGGCCUGGGACAGGAAAUUAUUGGAGAAACUGCUUGCUAACAUCAGUGGGGUUUUCAGUUUUAUCAUCUGCAUGACCCAAAGAUGAGAAUUUGUGUUGUCUGAAAAUGCAUACAUGUCAAUCAACUGUUUGGGUUACCUCCCAAGGAGGAUUCAAUUCAAUGAUAGUACUUGAAAGUCACUUGAUGUCCAAUACAAGGUUAAUGUCUUAAGUUAUAAUAUCAUUAUAUUAAGACCAUUUUCAUUGCAGAUCCAAACAUGUAUGGAGAUCUUGGAGAGCAUUUUGCUGUACACUGCAGAGGAAAGCCAACUUGCCAAUAGACUGGGAGUGUCAAUAGUACAACGUGUUCUACAAGGUCACAUGAAGUUGUUGUACUCAUGCCUGAACCCAGGGAAUCCUCCUGAAGUUAUAAAGGCUGCAUUAAAACUACUCACUGCCAUGAUCACACGAGGAUCAUCUGCUGCAAGAGAAGUUCAAAGCUCGUUUGACUUCACUUUGAAGUCUCUUGGGGCACUGCCAAACAAACGCGAUAGUAAUGUAAGUCAUUGUACAGUUGAAAUUAGUAUACAGGUUGUACAUGUGCAGAGUACCACAACUUUCACUUGGGUUUCAUUUACUGGCUUAGAGCAUGGGACAUCUGGAUUUGGCAUGGUAACAUACUUUAUGCACAGUGUUUUAAAUGAUUAACCAAUAAAUGGUGCAGACAAAAGGGAAAACAACAAGACAAAAAAGAAGUAACCCCUUCAUACUGUGGCAAUCCCAAUUAAUUGAUAUCUCAGUAGCUGAUGACAACUGUGUUCUCUCAAGGUUACAAAAAUUAGAGGUCUCAAAUGAUAAGCAAACUUAAUUAUUAACCAAAAAUGAUAUUUGACAUGCAAAAAUGAUAUUUGACACCCAACAACUACCAUGAAAAGCAACUGCAAACUGAGGCCCCCUGCCCCCUUAAGUGCUUCAGAAGUGUACUCCUCAUAAGAUCUCUACAUUUUGUAAGUACAAAAUGAUACAUUUUGACUUUAAGAAGACACAUGAAAAAAAAUAUGGGAAAGUAAACAUUGUCAGUGGUAUUCUUUUGGUUGAGAUUUUGGAAGCAGUAGUGAAAAGUCAGCUUCACAACUGGUCACUCAGUAAUUUGCCUGGAGUUCAGCUGUUAAUGACAUCCCUGCCUCUAUAAUAGGCAUACAUGAUAAGCAUUAUGAAAUUAUAACCAGUUACCUCCUUUGGGUUUUUAUUUGUCCUUUCCACAUUUCUCUCUAACUUGUCUUUGCUAUGGUGUAUAAUAGUUUGAACUAUUUACUUUUGUUUUUUUUAGUCGGCGCAAGAUGUGAGGACUUGUUUUAUAUACUUUUGUCUCUCAUUUCUAAUGUUUGGUGACUUGGUGGUUAUGAAACAGAUAUUAGAACUAAAAGGUAUUUACCUGUAAUUGUAUUGUACAUGUAUUCUUGAUGUUUUCAUUGUUUCUGUGUGGUGGUGUUUAAGUGUCUACCAGUAUUCACUUUAAAGAGGAGGAAGGUAUUUUGAAAAAGAAGAGAUAAAAGUCUUUAAAGUAAGACAUUAAUACUUAAAGCAAAUUACCUAAUAUAUUUUACAAGGAAAUGUAUGCAGCUUGAAGGGAGAUUACAAAAUAAUCUUAAAACUAUCUAGAGAGUUAAGAGUUGAAAAAUUAUUUUUGUGACUGACUCCAAUAAAUCAUCGUGUACUGUUCAUUUUACUGGUUGAACACUAUUGCAUCUUUUAAUAAAGUCCAUUCUAUGUUUUAUUAACACUAAUUUUUCUCUUUUUCAUCUUCAAAUACAGGAUUUCUUCAGUCAGUAUUGAAAGGUUUGUCUCUUGAUAAACCAGAGAUAGUUCAUAUGGUGUUAUCUACCCUGCAAGGAAGAGUAAGUGGCACCUAUCACUAGAUAGUUGGCUAAAAAAAGGGGGGGGGGUUAUUGAAAGGAGGGCACUUAAUAAAGGAGGCAGUUAUAAGAAACCAUUAUCCUGUACUGAUCUUGCUGUACUUGAAGCUUAAAAAGUUAUAAAUAAAGUGGCAGUAGAAACAAUUUUUCCUUAUAUCCCCAUUAUUUAAGAAAGUGAGGAAGGAAGAGGGGGGCAGUUAUUCAAGUGGGGUGCUUGUUUGAUAUAAUUGCCCAGGGGAUGGGUGCUUAUUCAGAGCAGGGUGCUUAUUAGAGUGCUCAUUUAAUGUGGAAAAACAGUCAUUAUCUUAAGUUGAAAAUGUGAAUUAAAGCAUCCAGUUCCUUUUUGGAUAAGAGCUAGGUUCAUGUUUGAGUCUUGGUAGAUCAUUAUGCCAUGUUUUUACAAGGCAAGACACUUAACUCCAACAUCUAGAGCUGUCAAUAGGGGUCACAGCCUGUUUCAACCAAGCAGAUUGCUGUCAUGUUACACUUGACCAUAAGUUACAGCAGUACAUGUGAUAUUUUCCAAGUAAUGGCUGCUUCAAAACUUUGUGACAGCCUUGACAUCUUCUCUCCCCACUUGUGAGUUUGAAUGGGUACCCACAGAAAUAGAAGGACUUGUCUGGGUGUUACAUGACUGCAUUUAUGAGGAGUAGCAGGCCACUUUAGGUGUGGUGCUCCUCCAUAGUCCCUUUCUGUUAUAUGAAAUAAGAUUUGUUUACAGAAGGAGCAGCAUAACUGACUCAUACACAGCCAUACAUUUAAAUAGUCAUGGUUUUUAAAUAGUUGUUUGUUAAUAGUCUGGGUGUUACAUGACUGCAUUUAUGAGGAGUAGCAGGCCACUUUAGGUGUGGUGCUCCUCCAUAGUCCCUUUCUGUUAUAUGAAAUAAGAUUUGUUUACAGAAGGAGCAGCAUAACUGACUCAUACACAGCCAUACAUUUAAAUAGUCAUGGUUUUUAAAUAGUUGUUUUUCUCUACCUUUGAAGGUGGUGCACAAUUCUGGGAUUACAAAGAAAACCAAAGUGCAGUUCUUUAACUCUCAUGUCCUCUCACAACUGGCAAAUCUUUAUCAGUACACAAAAGAUAUGGGAGAAAAUAACAGUGAGGAACAGACCUCUGAUCCAGCAGUGCGGCAAAAAGUACAUGACCUAUUGUUGAAAGUGUGUGGGUCUUUCAAAUUUGGAAUUUGUUUUUUCAAUGUGGCUGGGGCAUUUUCCACUAGGUAGGGUAUACUUUCUAACUUUUAUGAAUGCGGAUAAAAUGCUUUGCUAGAGAAAAGGGGAAUUUAAGAACCCUUGCCAGUGGCUCAUGCUUUGAAAAGGAGUGAAUUUAAGGCUUAAUGUUGAUAAUACUGCCCUUUAACAUAGAGAUGUACAUGUCAAAUCUGUAGGAACAGAAAUCAGCCUUAAACAUACUGCAUAACCAGUACUGGUUAGUAGAGAUAGCAUUUUUAUCAUGAGCAAUUUAAUUUACUGACUAACAUUUCUAUGAUAUGUUGGAUGCAUGUAAUUCCUUGACAGAGAUCACCUUUUCUUUCUCUUAACCUUUUCCAUCCUAACAUCAGUAUGCACAUUCUCCAUAUUAUUCUUCAUACAUUUCCUAAGGUGCUGACAAGGAGAACAUAUUUCCCAAUCAAAAGCUCUCAAACUAAGUUGGUGAUCAUUUCUUGUAUUCCUGUGGUCUUAAUGUUUGAAUCAGGGGUGAUAUUAUAAGGAGAAAUUAGAUGUUAGUCACUCUUAGGGGUCAAAGGAUUAAAGUUUUCUGAGUAUGGAUAUCCUGUGGCUUUUUGGUUUUUCCCAAUCAACAACCAGUUUUGAUGCUCACUCAGCAAUGAUAAUUUGCUUUCAAUAAUGUCUGAAGAUGAUAUUUAUUUUUACAGGAGUAAUAAUCCAGUGUUGCUAAGGUUCCUUCAAACCUUAUCUUCAGCAACAACAGAUGUGCUUGUCCAGGAACUUGUGAUCACUGUGUUGUGCUGUUGCCAUGAUGUUGUGAGGCCCUUUUUAUCCAGUUUGACAGCAACAUACGAACCAAGGCUUUCUAUGCAUUGGAUUGCAAACAUGAACCUGUUGACAAAGGUGAGAAACAGUCCUACCGAUGAUCAAUACAAAAAUCAUGUAUAUCUUCAUCUAUAGGUGCCUCUGUUCUUGACAUAAGCUAAGGCGCAUGAAUGUUUUUACAUUUUCUUUUCAUCCAAUUUGAUUAGAAAUCAGGGCUUUGACAGUCACCCAUGACUGCUUGACCCAGCUGCAUUCCUCUCUUCCUUAACCAUUUUCAACUAUGCUUUCUAACAAGUAGAGAUAGAGGUGCAGUGGCUCAAUGGUCAGGGCACUCAACUCUGAGUCAAGAGGUCUGGGUUCAAGGCCUGGCAGGGUCAAUGUGAUGUGUUCGUGGGAAAGACACUUACCUCUCACAGUGUCUCUCUCCACCCAGGAGUAUAAAUGGGUACUAGUGAAUUUUUCAGGGAAGCCUGAUGAAAUGCUGUGAGGGUAACCUUGCAAUGGAGAAGCCAUCCAAGGGGAGUAGUUAUACUCCUAGUUGCUUCAUGCUACUUGGAAAUUGGAAUAAGCUCUAGCUGAGUGGGCCAAUAUGACUCAAGUACAGCUAUUACUUACUUUACCUGUUUAACAAGUAGCUAAGAGUUUCAGAAACACAGUCAAGGUGAUGAGCCAUCUGGUUUUCCAUUUGGAUUUGAUACAUUAUACUGCUGCUGCCAGCUUUUUUGCUUGAGCAAUGGUGAAAGACUUCUGAAUGUUACUGUUUCCUUCCAUGUUAGGUUUACAUAGCACUGCCACAGCCAUCAAUAAUGGUGGAAAAGUAUGGUGUGAAGAUGACAAAAGAAAUUUUGCCAACCUUGGUAAACAUAGUAGUUCCUGUUGGAUUAAGCCGCACAAGUUUAAGCCGUGGUGUUCAGGUAAGUUUGUUGUUUUGCGUUUUUCAUGAGAUUUUCCAAGUUUCCCACCCACCUACUGGUGGAAUAUUUGCAAAUGCCAUAAACAGCUCUUGGCUUAACCAAUUUAGAAAAAAAUGGUGUUACUAUGACAUUGAUGGCAGGAAUAGAAAGUGUGGAAUUUAAAUUGAAGGCCAAGGAUAUCCAAUAUUUGGAGUUAGUACUGACAUUUACAUGAGUUGAAAGGUUGAAAGUUAAAAAAUAUAUGCUUGAGUGCAAAGUGUGCCCCACAGCUUUAUAUCUGGCAGAUUUUUCCUUUACAUGUCUUGUUGACAUGAUCCUUUAAACAAUUACUUCUCACAUUGUGGGUUGUGAUAAGUAUUUUUACUGAGCAGUGUGUAUGUUCAGGUAAGCUAACCUUCCUGCCCAUCUCAACAUUUAUUUGCCAGCAGUUGAUCAAAACUGUGUUGAUUCCCUUUAAUUUGGUGUUGUGUUCUGAUUUCAAUGUUUUUGACAUUUAUUUGUCAACAGCAUGCAAGUUAUCUAGUGAAACACACAACAUUGUCACUGGUAAUAGUAAUCUUGAACAGAGCACAGAAUGCUGUGCAGUGUUUGGCCUCCAGUGAGGAUAUUUCAGAGGACCUGGCAAACACUACAGAUGCACCAUUAGUGCAACAGUUCAGAGAAGAGGUUGUUAAGGCAUUACCCGAUGUAAACACUUUCAUCUCACUGAGGCAGAACCUUGUUAGUGGUAAAACAAAGGGAGAGUCACAAGGAGAAGGUUUGAGUUGAGUUUUUGUUUGUUUAUCUUUGUGCAGUUCUUCAUCCCCCAUACCCUCUCACAACUGGCAAAUCUUUAUCAGUACAGAAGAAGAUACAGAAGAAAAUAACAGUAAGGAACAGACCUCUGAUCCAGCUGUAAGGCAAAAAGUACAUGACCUGUUGUUCAAAGUGUGCAAGUCAUUCAAGUUUGGAAUUUGUUUUUCCAAUAUGGCUGGAGCAGUAUAUACAUCUAAGUUGUACCUGCAAGGGUACAGGCUCAUACAGCUGAAAUGUGUCUCGGUUUACCCACAAUGAAGAGUCUAGAAGUAUUACUUUUCCCCACCUGAAUGAAAUGUUAGUGCAUGACAAUUUCCCUUCACCCCAACCCAUGGUAGCAUCUUCUCAGGUUCUCCUGAUAAUUUAUUAUCACAAAAGGAAAACAAGAAUUUAUUCUCAGGCCUGGUUGAACGCUGCCUACCAUGAGAUUUAACCUUUUAACUUCCAGAUGUGAUUAACAUGUAUCUUCUCAUUAAGAUAUCCAUACAUCAUCUUGCAAAUAGGUAAUGAGAAUUCUCAAACUUAUUAGUCAGAAGUUGUUAUCUUGAUCUAAGACCAAAUUCUCAUAACUAAUUUGCAAGAAAAUGUUUCACAACUAGAGGGGAGAAUAAGCUGUGAGAUUUUGGGAGUUAAAAGGUUAAGACAACAAUAGGUUUGUCAUUUCAAUAUUGUGCUUUUAAUUUUCAGACUUGGCAAGCCCAACAAUCUUCCUUGCAGAAAGCCUGAAAAUAAUCCAUGGCUUUCAGCUUCUAAGUCCUUCACUCCUUUCCCAUAUCAACUUUGACCUCAGAAAGUUGUUGUCAGGACAACAGGAAGCAAAAUUGCCAGUUAUUGCACAGCAGUUAACUUUACAGAUCUUACUCCAUGCACCACCUGGCAGCUUAAAGUGGUUUCAACAGGUUGGUGAUUUUAGGCAAAACAUUAACUCUUUUACUUGAACUUGUUUUGUACAUGUAGCUGCUGUGCUCAAUUAUUUUUCCUCUUCCUUCCUCCUGUCUCUAUCCAUUUACCCUCUCUACAAGUGUCAAUAUAAAUGGCCAAAUUGUGUCAAUUUAAUCUUGAUACAGCAGCUUGUUAAAUUGAAGGGUAUUUAGCACUAAUUCAGGAUUAAAAUUGAGUUAGAUUUCUCUUUUAAUGCUCCAAAGCUCAAAACAAAAGGAAAAAAUUUACUCAUAGCUUGGGUUAGGAUUAUACUGUUUCAAGCAACCCAACCCCAAUCUACCAGUAUUUUUGUAGGUUCUGUCAGGUUAGGGUUAGUGGGUUGUGUUCCUCACUCCACAUGUACAUUGUAAUAUUGGAUUGUUUAAAAAACAUUUGAACUUAUUGUGAAGCAACAAAAUGCUAUCUAGCAUGGAUCCUGAAGCAGUGCAAUUUCCCAUUUAAAUUCCAUUGCAGUGUCAAGAGAGCUUAAAAUACAUGGGAAUUAAUUUAUCUGACGGAGAAGGGCUGUGUGUGGCACAGUUUGUGACUUGAGUGUUAGAACUAUGUGAAGCAACAAAAAGUCAUUUAGCAACAAUCCUGAAGCAGUGCAAUUUCUCAUUUAGAUUCCAUUGCUGUGUAGAGAGAAAAUAAAACACAAGCAAGUUAAUUUCUCUGUAGGAGAAGGGGCUGCAUGCAGCAGAGUUUGCGACUUGAGUGUUUCAAGGGUUUGAUUUGUAAAUGGUAAAUGUCAUUAACUUUUGUUUUUAGUUUGUUUCUUUAUAUUACAUUGUAUGCUUUUUGAUUUUGUCUUAUCAGAAGGGAAAAAGCUCAGCAUCCUUUCUGUACUCAAUACUAAACGUGUACACAUCAGCAAGGAAUGAAAAGAUAAAGACAGAUGCCCAGCAGCUUGUGCAGAAGGUAAGCAUGUGAAUACAAAAAAGGGUGAAAAAUUCAGAAAAUAAGAUCCUCUGAUGGACAAACUCUAUUGUUAAGGAGGGUGGAAUAAAGGAAAAAAAUGGGACGGGGUGCUUUUUGAAAAGUAUUCAUGUACUAUGGGUACAUGUACAUGCUAUUAGCUGAAGUGAGAAGUAUAGUCACUGUAAUACUUUCAAUAGCUGAGAUACAAUGUAGAGGUAGACUGACUGUCUGAUGACUAAUAGCUAGACUGACUCACUGUCUGUCAUUGAUUGAAAAUAAUGAAAUGGUGCUUUGACAGAAUUGAUAGAAACAGGUAAUUUACUUCUGAGAUGGGAUUAAAUGAAGUUGAAAAUUUGACACAUUCAGAGAUUAAUAAUGUAAUAGGAGCAAGUGGGGUCCAAUUCAAUCUGUAAUCAUAAGUCAGAGUGAUUAUCGGACAACUGUGAAGCAGUCCUGAGUAUGAUAACAGACAGAAUUGGGCAACACAAAGUCCUGUUACCAAUUAAUCAUAACUGUUACAAUUUCUGGAAAAAAAAUACAUUUAGGAAAAACAUUUUAGAGAAAAUGUGUAAAGUAAAAAAUUCCUCCAGUGUGGAAAUUUCUCAUUUUUUUUAAUAUGGUUGUUGCUAUGGUUAUUGUGAUCAAUUCUGCAAUUAAUGGAUUUGGCUGAAUGGACUUACAUGUUGUAUGAUUUGCUGCUUCAACUGUCUGAUUGCAGGUGUCUGAUUACAGCCAACGGUCUGAGUACAGAAUAUAUAGUGAAAAAUAAAUCAGCUAAAGCACCAAUCACGUUUGAGGAAAUUGUAAUAGUUAUGAUUAACAGUGUUUUUGCCUUUCUUGAAGCUCCUUAGUGAAACAGGACUACUGAACAGCCUUCCACAUGCAAAUGAGGUAGAAAUGUGGUUGAGUCAUCUGUGUCACAGUCAGUUUGAAGGACACACGGAGACACUUCUUAGGUUUUUGGAUGAAGUCUUUAUGGCUGUAGCCUCUGAGCCAUACCUGUACACAGACAUUGUGAUCGACCUGCAAGCUGAAGCAGUUUCACAUGAAGCUAGUGCUCUGCAGUUUGGUUUGGACCCAACAGAUUGGACCCAGCCUUCAAAUACAAGGUUUGACCUAAGUUUCUCUGAUAAAAACAGUUUAAAAUUAUAUUCAAACAGUUUAUUCAUUGGCUCUUAUUGAGGUCUGUUUGGUUUUGUUGUUUUUUCAAGGUACAUAUGAAGCAUUUGCUAUGGAUUUCAUGAUUAUAAUAACUUUGAAAUGAACCAGGAAAUUUAAAUGUGAACCAUGGAUAAAAAGAAAAAAGAACCACAUUAAAUGUUUCCAAGAUCAUCCUAUUUCUCACAUGUAGCUUGGCUUAGAAGGAGGUGUGCGAUCAAUAUGAAUACCAUUUAGGAGUAGGGAGAUGCACCUGAAAAGAUUGUUAAUAUCUUGGCUCUAUCAGCCUUCUGUCCUUUUGAUUGGGGCCAAAAGCAAGGAAUGGAAAAUCAAAAUGAUUAAAGAUACAUGUAGCAUAAAUUUAUAUACACAUCAGCAAACCACAAAACCUUUAACUGCACCUGUUAUUAGGACUUCUGUAUGCUGUUAAGAUUUCUCAACCCUGAUUGGCUUAUUUCCAUCAACAGAAUCACCUUCCAGGAACAUUUCUGGUUUUUAUGGUUUUCUGAGUUUCUCAGUAAUUCAAACUCAUUUUUUUUCAGUCUUCCUGUAAGUCUUUUACUUGUUGGAGCUUUGAAGCGAUAUUGUGAGAUGAUCUCAAAUGCCACUGAACCAGGUGAAAAAGCAGAGGAGCUCCCUUUAGGUAGGUCCUAGUAUGAACAGUCAUAAAAAUUAAGUUAAUUAAUAUGAAAAAAAUCAUAAUUUUGACCUCUAGAUAUGAUAACAAGGUACUAAUUGAUCUUCACAGUUUAACUGUUAGUAAUUCAUUCAACAGUAAGAAAUAUGUUUAAAUAAUUAUUUAGGUUUGGACAGGGAUUGAACCAGUACCUCUUGAUGCUAAAUUUUAGUCCCAAAUGCUCACUUCUUUUUUAGCUUUUUUACCUGAUUAUUUUAUAUGAAAUUGUAACAGGUCUAUUUCUGCUGCUGCUUUAAUAUUUCUCUUCUUAAAUGUCCCUCUCUUUUUCCUCAGGUUGUAUAGCAAAGUACAUGAAUUGUGUCAUCUCAGAUAUGAUUCACAGUGCAAUGAAUCCAACCAUUUUGUGCUUUGUGGUAUGCCAUUAUGUAAGCAACACUGAAGUAUCACAACAUAUGGCUACAGUAAGGAAUGCACAUAAAGCUUUGCUGCAUUAUCUAAGUUACUGGAUGCCCAGCUUCACUCAACUACAGGACAAGAUUGAUUAUCUAAAGGUAUUGCUGAUAUGACUUCCUUUGCACUGUGUCCUUUGUUACUGAAUGAGAUGUCACUGAAAAAAAAACUGAAACUGUGAUAAGAAAACAGAGUAUUUUUAUCAAAAUAAAAGAGGUGACCUUGACAUCAAACAUAGUGGCAAUAGGUAGAAAACAUUUAGCACUAACUGAAAUAGGCCGCAGUAAGGGUGGGAAGAGUUCUGGGCUUUGUAUGGUCUGGAAUCUUCCUUCCUUUAAACAUGAGGUAGAUUAUUAUGCAAGGACCUGACCAUGAGAACUUAAAAUUCUUGUAUUCUCAUGUUAUGAAAAGAAGUUACAUUUUAGUUGCAAAGGAAGCAUUGUGUUCCACGUAUUCUACUCAUAGAUGCAGUAUUAUGUGUACCUAGUCCUUUUUAAUUAUACUAACUAUCAUAAAGGAGGCUUAAGAUGUUGAUGUAUGAAAUCAAAACCACAUCUUCUGUGGAUGUGUCAAUAUCUUCUUAAUGCAUGUGCAUUUCUCCAUUUCAAAUAAUUUCAUAUCCGCUAGGUACCGUCAAAGACCAGCAACAACAGUUUAAAGCAGCUACAAAGCUUCUUGAGCAGAACAAUGCUGCAAAACGAGCAAGGUAAGAAAAACCCUUUAGCUCUUUAACUUCCUUGAGUAAUCAAUACAUGAAUUAUUCUUAUAGAAGUGACACUUUAUCAGGUAGGAAACCCUGAGAGUUAAGAAGAUUAUUCACAAGAGGAUGUUAUUACAACGACGCUAAAUUCUCGAGAAUAAUUUGUGAAGAAGUGUACAUUGUAGGAUGUUAUUUAGGAGGACUGGCUUUCACAUCCUCGGAGUAAAAGGGCUUUGUGCCCCCCCCGCGUUGAUUGUGUAUGGUUCUAUUUGCCAACUUAUACAGUAGAUGAUACUUAGAGGUGAUGAUGCCCAGCGGGAUUAGCCUGCAGCCUUUGACAGCCGUCGUCUGCGUUAGUUCUUGCAGGUGGAGGCAAGCCAAGACAAGCAAAGGCAUAAGGGGUGCACGCCUUGUGUUCCCGCCUGAAAACACAAAAAUGACGCCUUUUUCGCGGUCUAUGUGGGAUUAAUCCGUUCACUUCGAAGAUCUAAAUAUAGAUUCACCUCUCUGUUUCAGAUUCAAAUUUUUGUUUCUGUAGCGCGGAGAAACAAAAGCAAAGAGUUACCCCCGUAGCUUUUUUUUUUUUCUUGUCACCAUUCUGGUUGAAAAUGUAUUGACAUUGUAAGGAGAAAUCACGCAUUGGUCACUUCCGGGGUUAAAUGUUAAUAUGUGGUAGGUCUGAGGUGUUUCAAUAUGCCCACAGGUGAGUUCUGUCGGCAUGCAGUAGCCUCAGAAAUAAAUAUGAGAUGUAUGAGUCGUCAUUGUGGAAGUAACAACAAUGAUGAGCGAUUUAUCUCUGACAUUUAAAAGCACCAUGAUACAUUUGAAGGUUUAUUUUUCACAUCUGCAAUUAAUGGUGUGAUUAUUUUUCAAUUACAAUUUCCUAACGGAAAGAGUAGUGAGGUGGGAUACAGAGCCAGCCGAGCAGAAGAAGAUCAUGUGCAAAGACUCAAAAUAACAUGAACAUUUGAUUUCGUUUCAUUUGCAGAAAAAGCGACAGUGUCGGCUGAAUUGAACCGUCAUCUUGAGCUCUUGGAUGAAGAACAGCUGGGUACAGUCAUUACUGACUGUGUUGACUUCUGUAAGAACCAGCUUAGUGGACAGUUUUCUCCCCUUAUUAAAGUUCUGCAAGUCACAAACUACAGAAUCACAGGUGAGCAAAUGCAUGGAGGGCAUUUCUAUACUAAAAUGAAUCUCAGAUGCAAAGGAACUUCAAAAUAAAAAGUUUCCAAGAUUAAUUCAAAACAAAACCAGACAAACAGGAACAAGAAUGUAGUUAAGGAUAGGAGAGAUUAGAAUGGACUGCAAAAAAAAAUCUUGAAAAAUAUCAGUAGACCCUCCACCGAGUGUUUUCUUUCGAUUUCAAAUCUUUCCUUUCGUCUGCUCUACGUUCAUUCUUUCCUGUUGAAGAUAACAGUACUUGAACCUCAUUGCUUUUGUUUUGCAGUUAUCAACCAAUAACUGUAUGAGGAGAUUUUCUCUUUUCGAUGGUAAUUUUGUUUGAAAAAAAUACACGAGAAUCCCUGCAAAAAUUUCAAAAUGGCUCUUUCACGUUUUUAUGAAAGUUUUCACAGCAAUAGUUAUUCAAGUAGUGUAUGUUGUAUUUGUUGUCCGAGAAAUGAUUGUGUUGAAGAGGAUUGUCUUUGGUGUCGAGUGUGUGACGUUUCUAAAAACCUGACUUUAAUGCUUAAUGAUUUUCAGUAGUCACUGUCACCAACGAAGGCCAUUUUCAGUAGCAUCCACACUGAGACGAUCACACUACAUCGUCAAUUCAACACUCGAGUGUCAAAAUACGUUAAUUCUCUUUUCUCGUGUCACCUUUGUCACAUGUCUGCUUGUAUUCUAAAGGUUCUAGUGCUACAGAAGACAUUGCCCCUUUAUUGCAAGCCCUUCCGUUUGGUGUCCUUGUUUGGCAAGUGCUCGGAGAGGCUAUACAAGGUGUAAAGAAAACUGUAAAUCAAUGGAAUACUUCAACAACAGAUUUGUCAUCCUUUGAGAAUGAAACUUCCAGCCUUCUAGACAAUUCAUGGAUCCAGAGCCUUUUGGUGAAGGCCUUAGAAAAGGAGCCUUUAGUCAAGACCAUUCCACUUUGCUGCCACGUCCUCUUGUAUCUGCGUUCGCUUAAAGCAAAACUUGUCGUGAUUCGUACUUCACCUGAAAACUGCAUGCUUCGUUCUGCAAUGCAAUUGUGCUUUGAGCUUCUUCAGUGUCUGUUGCAACGGUUAGCGUCACUUCAAGAUAAGAUGUCAGAAGGCAAGGCAAAUGCCUCGCACGAGACACACAAUCAGGGAGAAAUGCUUUUUUCUUUACAAAGUUUUGACUCUCCACAAAAUUCCUGCGAACCUAGAUGCCAAAGAUUUUCAAAUGUGGACAACAUUUACCAAACGAUUCUCCAUCAUCCAGUGAUCUUUGACUGCUUUCUUUGGAGGCCAGAACAUUCUUUUGUUGGUCAUGUUCCCUGGAAUAUUGGUACACAGUUGACGUAUAAUGUUACCAACGUGUUGCUAGCAGUGCUGCCAAGUCUAACAGUUCAUCAGAAGAGGAUUCUGAUGGCUCCUUUUGUCACCAAGAUCUGCAAGGAGGGUAUGCUGGAGAUUGAAUCUGCCAACAGUGGAAACGGUAAUUAAGAAUUAAUCAAACAAAUAAUUUAAAUUAAGCUCUGUUGGCACGCCCUUUGGUGGCCAUGUGACCGAUCCUUUGGCAGCUAAGUUUGGUAGUUACCUGUUAAUGGUGAUUUCGCCUCGCUCUCCCAUGUCUUGCCUGAACUUCACAUUCUUGUUCAGAAGAAUCUUAAUUUCGGCUUCCCCUUUGGAUGAAGUUUAUGUUUGGCAUGCUCAGUCAGCAAAUCAGAAACCAAAGAUACCCUCCUAGGUACUACCUCCUGGCUUGAUUCCUCAUAAGCAUUUAUGAAUAAAGUAUUUAAGUUACUUACCUAACUUAAAUGUACGGAGUCGCAGUUGACACGUGCAGCCUAUGUGCGCUCUGAUGCCCAUCACUGAGCCUUAGAGAACCCUGUUGUUAGCCAGGUCAGCAUUAGUGAUACAUAUCCUACAAACUGCUAUGAUCAUUAACAUCGAAAGUGUCAUGGAAGUCAAUAAAAUAACAAGUGAACAGGAAAAGAUAUUUUCUCGUCUUGUCUCGAGCUUUGGCAAAGAAAAAAAGAUAAAACAAAAAAAGUAUUAAAAAAAAAACGAAAACACAUUUAUAUUUCAUCCUUUACGUCCUAACAUCAGUAUGCAUACUCUCCAUACUGUUCUCUAUAUAUUUGCUAAGAAGUGAUCAAUUUCUUUAUUCUCAUGACCUUAAUGUGUGACUCAGGGUUAUAUUGUAAGGAGAAAUUAGAUGCUAGACACUCGUAGAGGUUAAGGGGUAAAGUCUGAGAUUUGCAGCAUACUGCUAAAUAAGUAUCACUAACGAUAAUUAUACCUACACUGUACUCCACUUUAUUUGCAACUUAUCAAACGGUUUGUGUCAUCCGUAGUGAUUUCAUCUUCCCAAACUCUGUACCUUCUUGGUCUUUUUCACGAGUACUGUGACGAAGAGAACCAAGUGAAGUUCAUAUCACAUUUAUCUCAGCUUCCCUCCGACAUGCUGGUAACAACUGAUGCGGUGUCAAGAGACAAAGUUCCAUCCGUGUGUCUCACGACUCUGUUGACUUUGUUGGAGGGUGAAUCAUUUUGUGAAGAUCAUCUUUCGCCUUUGUUAUCUGGGCGAAAUCCAUUAAAGACAGAAGAACCACUUUUAUUGUCGCACUUCAGGCAGUUGGUCAAGAUAUCGCAAGAUGUGAACUGCCCACAGCUAGAUUACACAAUUUUAAAACUUUUGCAAAAGUCUAUGUUGUAUGUAAUGGGUUCAACGGCCACUUUCUUAGACAUCUGUCUCAACCAAUCGACUAAAGCCAAAAUUGCUAUAGCAGCACACUUAGUCAAAUAUUGUCCUUCCUUGAGGUCGCAUUUUGAACUUCGCUGUUUGGAUAAACCAAAGCCGAGGAAGAAGCCAAAAGCACUUGACAUUACCUGUACAAUGUUUCCAGUGGCGCUCAAGGAACAUCCGGCAGAGUUCCUCCCUGUGGUGUCAUCAUACCUGUUUUGUAUGCGAGGAAUAAGCGCAGAAAAGUUAGGUAAGUUAAACUUCAUGUGUAUGCUGAUGGAGCAUUUUGCAACUAAUUAUAAACAAAAAUAAGACCAAUCUUGCCUUGGUCACAAGCGUUUUUCAGAUGAUUGAAUCGGGCCCAAGUUGUUUUUUAAAAUAAACAUGCAUUCGUCUUACUUGAACUUUUGAUGACCCCCCUUUCAUCCUUCGCAAAUUUUAUGUACAAUGAUGUUCUCACCUAAACUCGAUUAAAAUGAGGUCAGUAAAGGAAAAUAUAAGAGCUCAACUUGUUGACUGGGCUUAUUCCAUCUUGCACUGUUAUCUUAGCAAGUUCUGUUUUUGUUGUAGGUCGCAGAACACAGGCAGUUGUGUCCCAUUUGGUUGAGUUGUAUUGGGCAUCGUUGUGGGCGUGGCUAGCUAGUGAUAGGGAAGGAAUUUUCAAAGGAUCAGAGGUGAUUUAAAAUAUAAUACCGGAACUCAGUGGUUUUUAGCUUAUUGUCAAAACCUAGGAACAAUUAUCGAGUCGCCAUCACCAAUGCACAACCAUAAAUGAUGAGUUAAAGCAAAAUCAAAAGCGGAAGAACACAGGGGUUUAAGAGGUUCUUCGAUUUACCAAGAAGAUAUGAUCAUAAAGCCAAUCACAGCUUUUUAAAAUACUGCCAAGUUGUGAAUCGUUCCUUGUCAAGGGUUUGCCUGUUGGAGUUUUUACACUUGUGGGACACUAACGGUGUUUUUAAAGUCUCGUUAAUGGAUGACUGAGGGUUCCAGAUGGAGAGUGUGCUGAAUCUUAAAGUUGAGGAUAGCAUACUAAAAUUUCACAAAAUUAAGUUAGCCGAUGGUUUCUGAGAAUCUCUUACUUGACACUAUAACUCCCAAGAUCUGAUCGUUAAUUUCCCCCUCUAGCUACGACGCAUUUACUUGAAAAUCAGUUACGAGAAUUUAGUGUUAAAUCAAGAUAACAACUUCUACCUAAUAAGUUUGAGAAUUCUCAAUACUUGUUUACUGAAUAAUGUAUGGACAAUGUUUGGAAAAGUUACCUGAUAAUCGCUUCUGGGAAUUAGAAAUAGAUUCUUUUCACUUCCCAGUCAAUACCUCUUGCAGAAAUGCAGAUGCUGACAUCAUUUUUUUAUUCUUAUUAUUUCAAACGUUCCAACAAACAAGAACGAUGAAACACGCAAAUGUAAUAUUCUGUUUUUCACAACAGGAAUUAAGCAUAGACGUGCUGACUGCUCUAAUACUUCACAUGCCAAAAGGUUAGUAUCUGACGCGAAUGUUAUAUUUAGGAUUGAACGCAGCUACGAAAACGACAAAGUUUUCUUAUUUCCGCAACAGCAUCAACGUAGUAACGUAAGACAGCGAUAAAUUCUGAGUUUCCAAGAAGAAUCAAACCCCAGACUUUCGAAUUCCGUGCAAGGCCUUAUAUACAAACGAAGAAAUUUGGCGAUUUUCGUCGAUGCUCUCCCGAACUUUUUAUAGCUGUACUAAAUCUCGUCAUUUUCACUGAGGCCUUACUUUCCCUCUUAAUUCGUGUCGUGUCUUUUGUCGACGCUCUUACGUUCAGUCGUGCACGUUAGUAGUGCGAAUGUUCCAUAUCUCUAUAUCUUGACUAACCAAAUUGUUGUGACGGCUGCCACAUGCGCGCGCCGUACAAAUUAAAUAUUUCAUGAACCAACAAAGUCAACAUUGCUAAAGUGAAAGACACUUAUUUCCUUUCAACUUUCUGGGUACAAGUUUAAGGCAAAGUAAUAUUGUUGUUAAACGACAUUCGCCCGUUGUUACUAUGUGAUAAAAAAUGUCCUGUUUUGAUUUCUCCUUUAGAUAACAAUCUUUUGAAACAGCUCAACGGACUUUUGAUAAGAGCUUCUUUGUGGGACAGGUACAGAAAUUUAAUUCAGCAUUUUUCUUAUUUUAGAUACUUAGUUCAACUUCGCGCUUUUACAGCACACCACUUCAAAUUAUAAUGAACAUUAUAUAAUUUUGAGAUGGAAACGAUGUGACCUUGUUUUGCUUACAAAAAUAGGAGCAAUAAUUAAAUUUUUUAUCUUAAAUUAGCCGUAAGUUGACAUGUAACUCUGUCACUUAUAAUCACUCAUCCCCUUUUGUCUUACAAUAAGUAAGAUUGCAAAAUUGAUUUCAAACGAAUUGGUGUAAGUUUAAAAAAACUCUAGGUAUUGUUGCUCGUAUGAAGAAGUAAUUGGUGUGUUUGCAGUUCUUUAAAUUAAUGAAUGUUUGAUUGACUUAAAGAGUGUUUCAAUUUUUAAAACAGGCGUGUGAAGUCGCAAUAGUGUGCUUGGUUGCCAAGCCUUUGAACAGAAGUGAGGCUAAGGUUGACCUUGUUAUGAUACAAACCUUGCUGCUUUUCAAAUGUAAAUUACUUUGUGAUCAUGUUAACUAGAUACUGGUCUUUAUCACAAAAAGGUCGCCUUCGGCCCAACUCCAAAUCAAAGACUUGGCAACCAAGCACACAACUGUAAAAUGGCCUAUUCUGCGGCUAACGAGAAUUGAAAGGAUAAACGCGGAAGGUUUUGUUCUCAAUCUUUUCAUAAGAGUUUAAGGUUUCAUUUUUUUUCCAGAUACCAGCUGAGAAUUUGUCGCCAACUUUUAACAAGCCAAUAUCGCAACUUUUCUACCAAUGAAGAUGGAGUGAAUAUUAUCAGCAAAUUUUGUUUUGCCUGUUUGGAAUUCUUGUCCAGCAAUCUAAUUAAAACAGGUAAAAAGCUAUUAUUUCCUCAUCGCAAAUUGUCAGAUUUUCCAGUUUACUUAUCAGCAAAUUGCUAGUGAAGGUUUAUUAACAUGAAGAUUAUCGGUUCAAUUAGAUACAAACAGCGACAAUGAACAAGUUAUGGAGGAGUCUCUGGAUUCUCUGGGAUGGAUUUGCGAGGUAUGUUUUCGUUGAGGAUUUUAAAAGAGAAAAAAGAACAAGUUGUUGGAGUUAAGCAGUGUAGAUUGUGAGAGAGAGCAACAGAAAUAGUUGAAGUCAUAAGUUUUUGUUUUUUUUAUCUUGUUAUUCAGAAUACAGUCAGCAUCAGUAUCGUGAAUGAAGAUUACUUGACAACCUGGAAGAACUUUGUAACUAACUCGUUAAGGUAAUGCUAAAAGUCAUAAAGAGUAUACCUGAUUUCACCAUGUUGGUCCUUGCCUGUUUUACUUAAGUUGUCGAAAUUGUUGUCAUAGUUACAUGUGCGUAUUUACAUUGCGAUGACAACAAUAGCAUUUAAACUCCCUUCUUCCCCCACCCCCACCCUGUUAUUGUUUUCUGUGGAUCUCAUUGUAUUUAAGAAAAGGUUACAGUAGCCAUUGGGAACAUGUAGUUCUAGAAUACCAUUUCAAAAGGGUGCACAGAUUGGGCGAUCUUUAGAUGCGGCACGAGAUCGUCGUACCGAAGAAGCGGGCUUUUACUGUCUUAUUCUGAACAAUCUGAACAAAAUGGCGCAAACGGCCGGGAGGAAUACAGAUCAAGACGUGCACAAAUAAACAAGCAAGACGACUUUGCUGAGAAGAAUUACAAAGUUUUAUUACAUGAAUCGAAAGAAGACAUAACCUAUGCCUAUCUUUGUCCCAGAGGUUGUCUUUUUGUAGGGAAACGGAGCACGCUAUCAAGCAUGAUGACCGCUCUCUGCACGUAAAAGAAACUUGAGUCAAGUCUUUUAACUCUUUUGGUUGCUUUUCAGGUAUAAAUUUGAAAGUUCCGAAGUUCUUCGAAUUUUUAGUUGCAUUAUUAAGGCCAUCUACAAGAAACAAGACAAGGGAGAGAGUCUCCCUUAUGGACUUUUGUCCCUGGAAACUUUGUAUGAAAUGGUGUUGAGUCAUUCUCGGUUCUUGAACAUCCUCCUUAGUACUGACAAGAACAUGGAUGCGAAAGGUAAAGACUGGGAUAAGUGAGUUAGUGAUUUGCUGGAAGUAGAAAGGGUUUAUCUCAAAGUCUUUUCUUUAUUUUUCUUUUUAGGGGAUUUUUCUAGUUUAUUUGCAUGUUGCGUUUAAGUUACAUAUCUUACUAAAUUUUUUUUCUUUUCUUUUGUGCAUAUCUGGAAAAAGUACUUUCUAGGCAUAAACCAUCGUGUAGCUCCUUAAAUUGAUUUGCACCCAUGUAUUCGCCUAAAUAUGUCUAAGAGAUUGACUGAUGAACGGGCGAAUUGACGGAUUGUUUAAACAAUUGAGUGAAUGAUUAAUUGAUGGAUCGAUGGGCCGUAAUUCCUUUUUUUUGCUUUUCACAGAAAAGCUGGCAGAUCUGAUGGUCACGAUUGUAGAACUAAGUCCUAGUUGCUGCGAGUCUUCACACCUUCCUGUGCUGUUUGCAGCAUAUUCGGCGACCUUGUCAGCCACAGGUGCACACACUUUGUCUUUUUUAUAUUUACCGUUCCUUCAGUGAUGUCAUUGUACCAAAUCAGGUCAUGAGACCGUAAUACAAAGUGACGUACUGUGUACUGGUUUGACUAAGAAACACCUGGAAACUAGUUUAGCGCUGUUUAACUCACACAAUGACCAGGCGUCUUAGCACUUUAACUUCCAGAAGUGAUUAACAUGUAACUUCUCCCUAUAAUGUACCUACAUUAUCCAGCAAACAUGCAAGGGGAAUUCUCAAACUCGUCAAGUAGAAGUUGUUAUCUUGACCUUAACACCAAACUCUCAUAGCUAAUAUACAAGGAAAUGUGUGGCAGCUAGAAGGGAGAAUUAGCAAUCAAAUCUUGGAAAUUCAAGUGUUUGGUGGAAAUUCAAGAAUUUUACUGAAAGGAAUGAUAAUUUUACCUCACCGAUUUCAUUGACCUCUUUGGUCUCGUUUUGUCCAACCAGUAGUUGCCAGAUUACUUUUCUUUUAUGUCGGUGUUACAGACCCGUUCCACUUUUGUUCAAAUAAAUUCAAACUGGUUAAAAAAACAAAAAAAUGAUAUUUAUUUUCGUCGUAUCUCUUGCCUUGUCGUAGAGUUCCUUUUUUUCCCAUUUCCAGAUAAUGUUUCUUAAUAGGCAAGCAAGCUUUCAAAGACAUAUUCUAGAAAUAGAUUUUCAUUUUUUUGCCCAGUCAUGCCUUAGUGUACAGUGUACAUGACUGUCACCGACGCUAUAGAGCUCAUUUUUGAGUGAGGAAAAUGGGUUUGUAUCACCGUAGUUUAGCAUGAGUCUGCUUUUUGUUUCCAGAUCAGUCUAUUUUGUAUCUGAUGAAUUUGUAUGAGAAAAACCACAUAUCCUUUAGGAACUACAGGUAAUCCUCGUGUAACUGCGAAUAAAUACGAAUACAUUAUAGUCAAAGAUUCAAUACACUGUAGCCACAUUUUAUCGUAAUGUAAACUGACGGAUCCGCUAUGAGCUUUUGCUUUUAGUCAAAGAUUCAAUACGCUAUCGCCACAGUUUAUCGUAAUGUAAAUUAACGGAUCCGCUAUGAGCUUUCGAUUAUAGUCAAAGAUUCAAUACUCUGUUGCCCUCCUCAUCAGACCCAUGGGCAUUUUUUUACUUCUUGCUGAACACAGGGUCUUAUAUUACCACUCAUUAUGAAGUAUCUAAGAGUUACUUGUCCUAAAACAUAUCUUGGUUUAUUUGAGAUAAGGGUAAAAAUCUGCAUUUUCGGAAUCGAAGUUUGGGAUUGCUGGACCCACUCCUGGUGACGUUUCCCUCAAAGUCUGCUGGUACCCAUCUGUACUCCAAGAUGGAGAGCCGCACUGUUAGAAUUAUAAGAAAGCGCAGUGACCCGGCCAGGGCUCGAGCCCAGACCUCUCGAUCCAAAGUCUAGCGCGUUAAAGGUGAUUACAGAUAACGCAAAUGUGCCACCACAGUACAUUUUCUGUUCCAGAUUAAAAAUUCAAAGACAAUAUAUCUGUAAGAAUAAGCAUCCAAGGCGUGUUCUUUAAACAGAAUGCUAACUCCAGUUCCUUGAAACCUGGUCUUAUACUAAGUGACCGGUGAAAACGAUUAUUGGGAAAUGGAAAUAGUAGCAACUACGUGAAGCAGGAGACUUUUCGGAUUCGACACAUUGACAAUGUAAUUCUUUAAAAUAACGAUUACUUUAGGCACCUUUUUCUUGACAGACCUUUUCUCUGGGGCCCAGCUGCUGCGCGCCAUCAUCAAGUCUCCAAGAGCCUGGGUCCAUCCCUACUGCAACAACCAACUGUCACUGAAGUGAUGGAACAAAUGGCUGCCAGCAAAAUGUUCCAGUCAGCGCUGUCCUUUCCUCAGGGCAGGCUUUUACAGGUAGGAUUUUUUUGGCAAAUUGAACUCUUUUUCAUGAAAUUUUGGGAAGGUAAAUGGUAUGUGAAAGCUACAGAGUGGCCAGUGAGGCAACGAAAGUACUGACAACUUGUUCACUGGCGUCAGUUUCCUGCGCCUCGGUUGAUUUGUUUGUCUUUACUUUGACUUCUCAUUGGCUGAUUCUGAUCAAUCAUUCUGAUUGGCUGUUGUGAACAUCCAAGUUUCAUUCACAACACUAAAUGAAAGACCGCUGUACGAAACCUCGUCAGCAUGGCAUAGCAUGACUUACAUGAUGGCUUUCGGUUACGACAUAGAAAUAUCUACCAUACUUGAAUCUCUAGAUCUUUUUAUUACAGUUGUAGUUCUUUACUACGGCUAACAAUAUUGUCCCAAUUUUUCCUCUAGAAAGGUUUCUAGCCUGAACGUUAUCCAUGGCUGUGACUUCACAGUACCUGGUUGUGAUGUGCAAUCAUAUUUAAUCCAACUAUACGAAAACUUGCGACUAGUUAGGCGAAUAGCGUAUUGUAAACCCGGUAUUUUGACAGAUUGGGAUCCCUUCCCCUCUCCCCCCUCCCGCAGUUUCGGAAGUCCCCUGUUCCAAAUCCACCCUAGUCUUGUUUUAGGCAAUCACCUUAAGAGAACGAGGAAAAAACGUGGGAAGUGGAGGGGAAAGGUUAAGGAGAGCGACGGUGACCGAUAGCCUGGCACAAGCUUAAGCGGCCGAAAAAUGCGAACCCCUGAUCUACACAUUGCACUGAAAUCGUUUUUAAAUCGGAAGGUCAGGUUGUCUUCAUCCAUUUCUUUUCAUUCUUUGCCAGCCUCAAGUCCAGAUGGAAGUUGCUUGUGAAGGACUCCGAGAUCUUUAUGACCCUUGUUUCCUUCUUCCGUUAUUCAGCUGUCUUCUUGCUCCAAGUAAGUAAAGUUGUUUUGGGUAUUGCCAAGUAAAGAAAUUUCUAUGUUGUGUUUCGUAAGGAAUCCGGGAUUGUUUUGGCUUUGCGUCGCUUCGCUCUGUGAUUGAUCCAGAAAAUUCGUGCCAGUCUCUCAAGCAUUUAGAUUAACAACUAAAACCAAUCGCUACGCUCGAGUUCUUCUUCGCUUGAAGCAGGUUGCUUGCUGUUACUUUGAGUUCUUCGGGGCUCUUUGUGAUUUGUUACUUUCAUGUGUAUAGUUGCUGUUAUUACUUUGGUUUUGGUUUUGGUUUUGGUUUUACGACACUCGAUAUUUCCUUCGCGAAUGCUCUUCAGUAAUUCAAGCUACCGAUGAUACGUGUGAUACCCAAGCACAAAAGAAUCACAAGCAACGCGGUUUUAGCGAGCGAUAACUGUUCAGUAGUGAGCGUUGAAGAGUGCCAUCGAAGCAUUUUGUUAUCGAGCUUCACUAACUUUCUUAAUGAUCUUUGGUUCUGUUUGCUAGAUUUUCAAGUCGACUGUCGGAAGUUUGUGGAGCAAGGAUGCUUAGGUUUAUCAGUGGCUGCCCUGUCCUCACGUGAUGGAAACAUGAGGAAAGCGGGGUAUCAUGUGCUCAGCAGAUAUAUGAUGCAUCUUGACGGCGUAAGAUUCAGGGAGAAAAAACAGGUUGGUACUCUCUCACUUAGAUGGACAGUCAGAAAGAGACAGACAGUGAGCUAGACAGGCAGACAGACAGAGAAACAGAAAGGCAAGCAAGCAGCCAGACAGAUAGACAGACACAAAGAGAGAUUCAAGAGUUGACUUUCCCAAGACUGAAAGUUAUUUCGAAAGAGAAUACGAGAAAUUACGCUACAGGCUAAAAAAGGAAAUACAUACAUACAUACUUUCUAAUUAACGCACCCAAAGAAUAAAUACCGGUAUGUUCAAAGAGAAGUGUACUAAGUGUGAUGAACAUCUGUUUCCUCAGAUUUUUCAUCUAUUGACGUAUUUGAAGAACAGUAUUACUGAAGAGUAUUGCCGCUUGUCCUCGUUAAUGACAUGCUUUUUGGCUCGUGUGGCUUUCAUUCUACUAAAACCAGGUCAGUCUUUUGUAAACUUCUAUCAAAACCGUCUGACAAAGGGACCUUGAGAUUCUAACACGUGUCGAUCGACCGGAGUACGAAACCUGACUACAAGUAUCAAGCAAAAUAUAUUAGAAAAUGUUCAUAACGAUAUGAGCUUCCGCAGAUGAUUUAAGAUAGUUUUUUUGUAACCAUGACAGAAUGAUAUAACUCAAACGUUUCAUCAAUAUGACAUCUCUUGCUAGUUCUAUUACUUGUUGCUGGUUUCAAUACUUGUUUUGGACAUUACACUAUUCUCGCACCGUAGCCCUUUACUGCUUCCUUCCUCUCGACAAUGACAUUGGGAAACGCUUUCUCAAAAAGUUUAGAAUUUGACUUCCUUGACCUGCAUUAAAUGUGCACCCCCAAAAUCUCUAAUUUACUAGGCAUUGUUGACGUAUUAGCUUUUCUUACGCUAAAAAAUGAUUGGCUUAUUUUGUUUCAUUUGUAUUGCACAGAGCAUCCCUUCUACAUUAUGAUGAACAGCUUUUUGCUCCAGAGACCUGCUUUGGAUUUGAAGGAUUUACCGUUGUUUUACAACAUGUUCAACAGCAGUACUAUGCAGGUAGGAACACUUUUAGCUACAACAGUGACCCGAAUUCCAAAGAAAUAACAGAAUAGACUCCCCUUGCGGAAAAUAUGUAAUAAGACUAGAACUGUCACAAAAAGCCUUACGAUUUCACGAGAGGGUAUUGCAUGAGAAAUUAAAAUAUGGAGGGAGCGGUAUCUAAGAAGUCAGAGAGCCGGACUCCGGAUGGGAACAUCCAUCUUUGACGGUCCUCAUCGUUCAAUUGUAUUCUGUCCUUAAGAAAGAACUUUGCCUCUUAUAAUGUCCUUCUCCCUCGUUUGUACGAAUGAGUGUUAGCAUAUCGUCUUCAUUAAUUUUCUGAGGAGCAAGCAACACUCCUGAAGCUGCAUCAACAAUUAACAAUCAGAGUUUUGGUAGGAGAUUUCUAUCGCGUUACAAUUGAUGAGAGCGGAGCCCGAGUCAACUAUCACGCAUAAAAAUCGGGGGAUUAUGAUCUCAUUUUUUCGAUAUAAGUCCAGUAGAUGUUCAAAACUAAACAAGAUGGCAGGUUUGAGUUUUUAUUGAAUAACUUUCAAAAAGGUUACGCCCCCUGCCAAGCAUUUGAGAUAGAACGCUGGUAGAUUUAAACAUAUUUCCCUGAGAUCAUAGUCAAGAGCAGGCUAAAUAAGAGUGUAUUUAAAGAAAUCGAAAACCACGGAACAGGUGUGGUUUCUGGCUCUCUACACUCGUUCUCGCAUGCUCGCUUCGCGCUUCUUCGCUCAGCUUUCACAAAACGAUGGCUGCAAACGGACUAAGCUGAGUACCACAUGUAAAUAGUCGCUUUCUUAUUAAGGGAGUAUCCAUUCUUCGUUCUCUAGCACGCGACCGAGCGAUCCUGGAUGCUACAGCUCCUGGUGGAUGGUAUGAAGGACAGCCCUGAUUACUAUCUUUACAAACGGCGUCACGUGAUAGAGCUGGCACUGAGCUAUCACGAUUCACCGGUCAGUGAUCAUCGCUCACAGGUGAGAAUUUUCGUGUAAAGAGACAUCAAAAGACUUGCUGGAUUUGAAAAAAUGAAUGUAAAUCUUAAGCCCAGGUUUAAAAGCUCUACUAUGAAAUUGAUAGCUUUCCAUUUUCUACCACCUUUGUGUAGUAGAAUGGUAGGGAAUGCUUAUUUAAGUUUUUUACUCAGCGAACUUUGGACAUAUCUACAAAUAUGUAAUUUACCCCAUAUUUGAACUCAUUUUUAAAUAACGGAGAUGAGUGGCUAGAGAAUCUGGGACAUGUUUAUCACAUAAGCUAAGGACAAACGCGUCACAAAAUUUGUAAACUCGGAAUAUGGAUGGUAAAAAUUUUUGAAUGGAAUGUUGUCGUUUAUUCGUGUAGACGUUGGUCACUCAGUUGUUGCUCUCAGCUCUGAAGAUACAACCGGCUGCAUAUGAUCUCACCAAAAACUAUGGCAUCGUCGCCUGGAUUCACUCUCUGUGUUAUAAGAGGUAUUCCUAUCUUUAGUUUACGGUUUGCCUUCUAUUGCAUUUUUUUAGCAGAAAGCUAAUGAAAAAGGAAAAAAAUAUAUAAAACAGCAAUGUUUGCUUUAGCACCAAAUACCCCGAUCUAAAAUUGUGAGAAACGAAUGGCAGACGGUUGGGAGAAUUUAUAGUUUGUUGUUUUGAGAAAGGAGAUCGCUUUAUCUUCCGAAAUGGCUCAUUUCCUCAGCCUUCAAUUCUGAUUUAACACUUUGAACAGAGGGAAGACGAAACAGAACUGAUGGGGUUAUGUGUUUUUUUUUUUUGUGAAAACUUCGAGAAAACUUGUCGAAAGUACGUGAACUAUGCAAUUUGAAAAGCUCUUUGAUAUUUGUGGGAGAUACGGUGUUACAGUGGUUGAGACUCAACUCUUUGUCCGGGAGAAAGGAGUAACUCAAAUUACCGUGGGUCGUGGACAUGGAGUCUUAGGUAGGAAGUGGUGCGUCGUGGUUACAAACUCGGCAGUGAGAACUGAGUUUUAACAAGAAGGUAUGCCGGACAAAGCUAAGUUACUUAGCCGUUUAAAGCUAAGUUUGUUUUCGUUUAAGAUCAACGUCUUUGCCAGUGAAGUCAAGGCCGCUGGAGUCAAUUUAUUGCGAAUCUUUCUUUGUUUUAAUCGCAGCAAUUUAAAGGACAUUUGGAACGAAAGUCAUAUACUCCAGAUUUUUGUUAACCUUUGCCAUUCUCCUUCGAUUCUGUAGAUACCCGCAACCAUGCAUGUAGAAAACAUACGAUGGAUUACAUCGCUCAUAAGACUUUGACGGUUUUCAUCUUCUUUUUUUAUCUUUUUAACGAAAAAUAUUCUGUUUCCCUUAAUAGCUCUGCAAGACUUCAGACAAGUCUGGACUUGUUACACACCCUUUGGUUUACAUUACAGUCUCCUUACAAAGAGAGUGGACAUGUGGCCGAGGAGGAGAAACCUCGACGGCCUCCAAACUUGGCUCCAGAAUGCUCAUUAGUGUGCUGGACCCUUCUCGAGCAACUCAGGUAAAGACAAAAAUUGUGACUGAUUGAGACUAUUUAUUAACUCGUAUCACAAAACUGAAAUCGAAGGUUUUAUGAUCACUCCAUAAAUUACCCGGCCUGCAGAAGGGUAAUACUAUCUUCAUCGUAAACUAAAUAUCAAUCAUUGCCCAUGCGUCUUUUAGAAGCCAUUCGUUUCUUGUUGUUCCAAAAAAGGCUUAAAAUGGUUCAAAAGCUGAGGAUCGUUCAAAAUGCCUUUGGCUUCUUCUGCAAAAGCACGCAGAAAUAACGCGAAAUCAUCGCGGCCUUUUCUCUCUACAGUCAUUCCCUUCCUUUUAUUUACAGUAAAGAGCAUAUGACAAUCAAACUGAAAGAACUAAGGCUUGUAAUCAAAGAUGACUUCGUAUAAUCAGGAAACACUCACAAAUGCGAACCUUGCGCUGAUAAAAAUGCCAAAAGGUUUGAGCAAAUAAAACUCUUAAAACGGCGACCUCUAUAAAAUCAUGAAAAUAGAGAAGGGCCUAAUAAGAACCUCUAGUGACAUUCGUAAUCUAACCAGCAACAUUUUAAUUUAUUUCGUAACUCAUAUUUGGCUCAAUUUUCAGAUCGUGUUCAAGUGUGAAUUGUAUCUGUCGUUAUUUACGCCUUCUGGCGUCCGUUUUGACCUGCCUGGAAACCAAUGGGAAACCUUCUGGCUUGUCAUAUGACCGUAUUAUUAGCUUGUUGCGCUUGUGGUGUGAAACAUUUCAAGAAACGGUGAUGCUGAAUCAAUUGCUUACAACUUUGAACCUGUCUGGAAAGUGUGACGGGGUUCUAAAAACUACAAAUGCACCUCCCGAGCAAGGGCGUGCUAAUCUCAAAACAGAAAGUCUCUCUUCAUUGCUAGCAGUGCUCUUAACAUGGAAACCGGCUGGCGUGGAAACACAUCUCACUGUUCGUCUAAUCUGGCACUUUGGAUUAGCGCAAUGUCAAAGAAAAGUCUUGAACUUUGAAACUCCUCUGGUAGGCGAGGACCAAAGAAUAAAUUGCAUUCCUUCGCUGCUGCGUUGGUUUAAAAAAUGCCUUGUGGAAGACCUUACGCUUCAAGAUCUAUUGGUGACAGAGAAAUCGGAAGUCAAGCUUAUCUUGCAGCUUUUUAGAGUAGUUCCACCCAAAAACACAAAGAGCUCCGUACAAAUAGGUGAUCUCAGACGGGAUGAUCCUAAGAGCUCUCUUUUGACAGUGAUGAAGGAACUCAACAUGAUUUGUCUCGUUCUGCUUGCUGCUGUGCAGCGAGUCAAACUACAGGGUAAGGAAGAAAGUUCACCACAGCCGACAGUUUUCCAGCUUGUAUCCAAAGAGCCUUACAAUAACAUAAUUAAAGAGCUCAAAGAAGUGAUUUUUCCUUUGCUUCCGGAUCCUUGCAGUGACUUGGAGGACCGUGAUCAUCAAGAUCAAGGUAUGAUAUUUAUCUAACACCCGUUAUCUCAUAAAGUAACGAGUGGUGUAUUGAAUAUGAAAGCGAUCUUCGCAGAAAUGAACACUACAUAAGCAGUAUUGAAAAUAAGGCCUGGAAAAAAAUUCAGGUUUGUUCGGGAUUUGAACCCAUGACCUCUUUGAUACCUGUGCAUUGCUCUUCCGGUCAAGUAUGGGUGUCAAGUGACGUCCAGUUCUUUUGGUUUCUGAAACAGAUAUCUGUUUUCGUCAGAAAACUGAUUUUGCAAUUUGGAUGAAAAGAGUUGACAUGUUGGUACUUAGAUUGUAGCACUGUGGGAUAACAGACCUACUACAACCGUCCACUCUUUGUUAACAUAAAGAAUGCCGUAAGUCGACCGAUUACAAAGUCACAAACGACUUGAUUGCCUCUAGCUUGUUAUCGUUACCAGCACUACUCUAAAGGUUAUGUUUAUUAUUUGAUAUUGAGACCUAUCAUCAAGCUUUUGUUAAAAAACAAUCUACGGUGAAGAUAUCAGGUUGUUUUACAAAACAGCCUCUGGGUCGGAGUACGACCUCUGUUCUAAGCUUACGACAAACUAGAUUCAAGAUAUAUAUGUACCUGACUUUCGGGUCAAUAUUACCUAUUAAUUGUGUUGAAUAUGUAUAAAAUACCUUAUUUCUGGUUCUCCCGAGCUGUUUAACUAUUCGUGGCCUAGGCUUAACGAACCUCCCCGAAACUUGACUCCCUUUACUCAACUUAAAACACAGAAGUUCCGUGUUGUCAUGCGUCUGUUUUUCAAUGGGUCAUUAACGACUUCAGUAUGAGGUAAAAGUUGAGAAACUUCAGCGCCAAACACGAUCGUGAGGAAAAACGAUCAUACUUCGCAUUUGCCUAAGCCUCCUCUGUCUCCUACGUUUUUCACGCCGACUAAGCAACCCAGCUAAGAUGAUGCGCGAUUGGCCUCUCAAAAGUGUAACUGGUUUUGUAUCACGAUUUCGUGAAUAUUUAAAAUCGCACCUGAUUAAAAGUAAACGUCUCCCUGCAAAACGGUGAAUUAGAGUCAUUAGUCACUUCAUGUUUGAUAAUAUUUUUUUCCCACAGACCUUGUUGUCCAUGAACUGGUGUCUCUUUUCGUACAAGAGUUAUGGUUGGAAAAGCCUAUUCCUCGACAGUUUCUGUCAAACUUGCUUUAUCAAUGUGAUAAUGGAUACCCUGUGGUCAAUUCACUGAUUCUAGCGUUUGGUGGAGAAAAGUCCGUUUCGAAUUGGAUACAAAAGGAUGAUUCUUGAAAGCUGAGGCUGUCUAUAGCUUCAGUUUUGCAUGCAUGGUGGUGUUAGAAAUGAGAAAAAUUGAACUUAUUUUUUAGGUGAAUAAGCUCCUCGGUCUAUCUUAGACUGAAAAUGUUAAAAAAGUAAACAUCAAAAACCUUGGAGGGUGAUAGCCAGCAGAACCUUGGUGAUACAGUAUCAGGUAAUACCAACUGCAAUACCUCUGCUGCAGAUAAAAAUAAUCACUUGGAUCAAUGUAUUUUGGUUUCGACUUGUCAAAAACUAUCAAAACGAAAAACUUUUUGUUUUACCAAGUGCCCCAUGUACAAUAAAGAAACAAGAACUCACUGCAAGCUUUGAAUUCAAGUAUAAUUUAUUAUGAAAGUCAGAUCAAAAUUCCAGAGAUGUGCUUGUGCUGCUGUCUUCUCUUCCAGAGUUUGAAUCUGCCCCACAAUCAGCACUGCUUAAGACCUCAAUCUGAAUAAAGUACAAGUAAAUUAACUGAAAGUAAAAAAACACAACAACAACAAAAACAGAUUAAAAUCCAAAUUAAAGUGGUAGCUGAUGAUGAAAUCAAUUUCAGUCUCACCUGACACUUUUGGUCUAAAAGUAUACUUUUACCAGUAGUUUAGUUCAUCACUUUAACAUUAUCAACAGGAGUCAGUUAAAUUAUGAAAUACUGAAAAAUCAUCACAGUUACCUGAGCUUUGGUUGUUUUUCCAAUUCCCAGC